AUGGUGGAUCUCUUCAGAGUGGUGACUCACUAUUUUCAAGAAAAACCUCAGAGAUUUUCUCGGGAAAAAUAUUCCCGAGAAAAUCUUCGACUAAGUGAUUUUGCUGAUUCUUGCCUUGUCUCCAGCUCACAUUCUCCGACGAUGAUUCAAAUGGACAGUGGAGAUAGGUUGAGAGUGACGUUACUAGAUCGAAUGGCAACGUCAGAGAAUAGCCGGAGCUCAGUCACUCUGGAAGAUAUUCUGAUGAUCGACACAAGCACUUCCCGGCCACAACCACCACCGACACCGUCACUUACUGUAUCGGCGUCUCCGGCGAGGAAUCGUAGUCUUCUCGACGUGAUGAGAAGAGAUCGCCGCCGCAAUAAAAGCACCUGGAAAUUUCUCCGUGAUAAGCUCCGACUCAAACGCACGGCCACUUCUUGGAUCUCUUCCAAUCCUAUCUCCAACUCGGAGACAAACCGGAGCAACGGCGACGGAGGUAGGCUCCGGCUAGGCACGGUGUUGACGGAGGAGAGGGAUUUGUCGGUGCAGCAGACACCAAGGAUGUCUUUAAUGGAGUUGUUGGAAGAUAAUUAUGAUGGGGCAAUGUAUGAAGUUAGCGAGAGAAGAGAGGCGGAGGAGGAAGGAGAGACGAUGACUGUGACGGCGAAGAAGGCGGAGUUGGGUUGUUGUGUGUGUAUGAUAAGGAGCAAAGGUGCGGCUUUUAUACCUUGUGGACAUACGUUUUGCAGGUUGUGUUGUAGAGAACUUUGGGUACAGAGAGGAAACUGUCCACUUUGUAACACUUCUAUUUUACAGGUUCUUGAUAUUUUUUAG